UUGAUCUGCUACCAGCUGUAGAGUUGAAAGAAGCUGAAGGUAAAUCUGCUGUACAGUAGCGGAUCUCCGGAGCUCUACAGCUGGAGUGUUUUUGGAGCUUUAUCCCACAGUCCUGGAGGAACAGGAUCAUCUGAACUGUAGAAGAAUGAAUGUUAUCCUGGUCCAAGUCCUUUCCUCCUCCUAGAGUUGGUUUUCCUACCUGGCUCAAGUUUAUCUCCACAAACAACCAAUCAGACUUCAGAUUUCAAACAUCAAGAUUAAGGUGCUGAAUGAGGUUAAGCACAAGACUUCAUCCAUUAGAAUCUCCAGUACAAACAAAAAUUGUUGACUACAUAACAGGUAAAUGGAAUCAAGUCCAGGAAAGAUGAAAACUCACCAGUGUUCAGACUGUGGGAAGAGUUAUUCUAGACUGAGUAAUCUCAAAAUACACCAGCGCAUUCAUACAGGAGAGAAACCAUAUCAGUGUUCAGACUGUGGGAAGAGUUUUAUUAAACAGUGUAAUCUCAAAAUACAUCAGCGCAUUCACACAGGAGAAAAACCAUAUCAGUGUUCAGACUGUGGGAAGAGUUUUAAUGAACUCAGUCAUUUUCAACGACAUUGGCGCAUUCACACAGGAGAGAAACCGUAUCACUGCCCAGACUGUGGAAAAAGUUUUACUCUUCAGAGUACUUUGAAAACACACCAGCGCAUUCACACAGGAGAAAAACCUUUUCACUGCUCAGAAUGUGGAAAGAGUUUUAGUCGACAAAAUUCUUUUCAGCAACACUGGCGCAUUCACACAGGUGAGAAACCGUAUCAUUGUUCAGAAUGUGGAAGGAGUUUUAAAAUACACAGUUCUUUUCAACAACACCAGCGCAUUCACACAGGAGAGAAACCAUAUCAGUGUUCAGAUUGCGGGAAGAGUUUUAAUCAACUGAGUACUCUGAAAUCACAUCAGCGCAUUCACACAGGAGAGAAACCAUAUCACUGCUCAGAGUGUGGAAAGAGUUUUAAUCGACAGAGUUCUUUUCAGCAACAUCGGCGCAUUCACACAGGAGAGAAACCGUUUCACUGCUCAGAAUGUGGAAGGAGUUUUAAUCGACAGAGUACUUUCCAGCAACACUGGCGCAUUCACACAGGAGAGAAACUGUUUCACUGCUCAGACUGUGGAAACAGUUUUAAUCAACUGAUUCACCUCCAAGUACACCAGCGCAUUCACACAGGAGAGAAACCGUAUCACUGUCCAGACUGUGGAAAGAGUUUUAUAAGUCGGAGUCGCCUCCAACUACACCAGCAAACUCACACGGGAGAAAAAACACAUUACUGCUCAGAGUGUGGAAAGAGUUUUAUUGAACUGGGUCACCUCAGACGGCACGAGCGCAUACACACAGGAGAGAAACCGUAUCACUGUUCGAAAUGUGAGAAAAGCUUCAGGUAUUCAGGUACAUUUAAAAAACAUAAGUGUCCCAGUGGUGAUUAACGGGGCAAUUGAAGAGACAACCCUGCACCCUCCACCACUGUUAUUGUAUUGUUUUACAACUGUAGAUCCUUUAGUAUUUAUGGCCAUUACGAAGAUUUCUGAAGCAUUAACACAUUUGAACUGAUUGUAUCUGGAAAAUAUACACCAAUUUUGUUGUGAACUUGAAGUGUCUCCAUGCUAUCAUGUACUGUCCAGUUUGAUUCCCCACAAUGACUGAUUAUCUUAUCCUUUACUAUGACAAAAUGUUUUUAUUCCUCCAGUUUCACUCUACAGAAAAGGCCCAGGGUAUUUGAAUCUUUACAGCUGUUUUGGUGAUGUAACAAAGCUUUGUUUACUACAACACACACCAACACACCACCACCACCAUGUCAGUGUCACUGCAGUGCAGAGAAUGACCCACCACACAAGCAAUACCUGCUCUGUUGUCGUCCUGUGGGAUCCUGACUAUUAAAAAACAGCAUGAUGGAAAGAUAAAGAAUUGAAAGAAUGCUGUGUAGUUUAUCUGAUCUAUUCUUUAUUACUUUAAAUCAGGUCUACUGUUAUAAUUAUGAAAAUAAUCCAUACCGUUGGAGGAGUACACUAAUUAAAUAUGAUUUUCAGUUGUUUUACAUUAUAUACAAUAGUGUACAUAAAUUAAUUGGUACAUAAAUUCUUUCUAAAAACUAACUGAAAUACUGCUAAUAUUCCAGCGGUAAUUACGUUCACACUUGAUGUGUAGUUUUGCUUUGCAUAUAUGUAUAUAUAAUCGAUAGAAGCCCAUUUAUACCACCUAAAAUAUAUAUAAACCACACACAUUUUUUUUAUUAAGUAAACUGCUUUCUUAUUGUAUUAAGAUAGUAACUCAUUAUUUUGAGAAACUGUCUCAUUAUUUUCAGAUAUUAUCUCGUUAUUUUGAAAUACUGUCCCAUUAUUUUGAGAUCCUAAAAUAAUACAUAAUAUCUCAAAAUAACGAGAUACCAGUUUCCUCAGAUCAAACUCUACACUCCAGAUCAGUAGGUGGGGGUAAUGCACUUUCAGUUGAUCUGCUACCAGCUGUAGAGCUGAAAGAAGCUGAAGGUAAAUCUGCUGUACAGCUGGAGUGUUUUAAAGCUUUAUCCCACAGUCCUGGAGGAACAGGAUCAUCUGAAUUGUAGAAGGUAUGGAUAAGCUCCACUCUUCAACACGCUGUUCUACAUUUACUCCUAAAGUCUCACAGAAACACACCAACAUCAAAAUGUGCAGCAUUUAAACAACACUGAAGCAGAUUUAUCCAGGAUCCGGUUGAUGAUCUUCUCCUAGUUAUUACUGUCAGUUUGGAUCUGUUUCAUAGUUAAGGACACUAACAAUUGAUGUGCUCAGUUGUUGCAGUUCAGCCACAACAUCUGACAUAUAGAUUCAGGCCAGACUGGCUUAAUAACUAAUACUGUUAAAUGGUCGAGCUGCAGUUUUUGUUACUAUAAAACUCAAUAACAUUUUAAUUUCUCUGCCCAUUUUAAUGAGAUCUUAUUAUAUUCAGGUGUUUUCUUUUAUCCAUGUGUACGAAAAACAUUUUUUAGUUCAAUUUAAAUCUAGUUAAAAAAUAAAGGAGUGUUCAUCAGUGUAUAUCUUUACAUUUCUUUAAAUAGAACUAUGUUACUUUUUAGAUAAGUUUAGUACUCCUUUAAAAUGCUGGAUUUGAGAUUUAUUGUUUUGGGUCUGGGUUUUUGGAAAUUAGGGUUUAGUAUUGCUAUCUAAUAUUUUUCCUCUGACAAUUAUGGCUUAUUUGGAUUUAAUGUAUGUGUAUUGUUAAUAUUUCUUUUCAUUUCCUGAUUAUGGUGAUGCUUGAGUUAUGGGUUUGUUCAAUUGGUUUCAUUACUUGAUUUUAUACAAUAUAGGUAUUUCUAUUAUUAUAAACCGUAUCCCUGUUCAGACUGUGGGAGGAUUUUUAAUCAACUGCCUCAACUUCAACUACAUCAGCGCAUUCACACAGGACAGAAACCGUAUCAAUGUUUAGAGUGUGGAAAGAGUUUUAAUCAACUGGGUAAUCUUAAAACACACCAGCGCAUUCACACAGGAGAGAAGCCAUAUUUGUGUCCAGACUGUGGGAAGAGUUUUAAUCAACAGAGUGCUCUCAACACACACCAGCGCAUUCACACUGGGGAGAAACCGUACUACUGCUCAGACUGUGGGAAGAGCUUCAUGCGUUCAAGUUACCUUAAAAAUCACAAGUGCAUUAAGAGCGGUCACGGAAAUAAUCAAUAACAUUCCUGCAACCAAACCCAAAUCCAAACGGAGAUUUUAAAGGGAGAAUGAAGGGGCAAUUGAAGACAACCCCCCUCUUAUUAUUACAGAUGUCUUCACAGAUGCCUCUGAACCCUUGAGAAGGCAGUACUACUUCUGGACAGGCACAGUGAUGUUUUGCAGGUGUUCAGAAUCUCAAUUUGAGAAUCUCAUUACUCCAGAUACCUACAGUAAUAUCAUUUGAAACUUACAUGCUUAAUACCAUUGAAAGUGUAUUUCAAGAGUGGUUUAAGCUGAUAGCUUCAUAUUGUGGUCUAUACAUACCUAAAAAUAUAGUGGAUUUAACCUGAAAUGUUUUUUGAGCUUAAACCUUUUCGAGCUAGAGCUUUUUUCCCAUUUUCAGUCUCUGCACGAGAGGCUUGCGUGUUGCUACCAUAAUACAGUUUAGAUGUGCACCCAGAUUCACUCAGAUUCAUUUUUUUCUCAAGCACAUAUGUUACUUUUGUAUUGAUUAUAUCUAUUAAAUGCUUUACAUAUUUGUAUGCUAAAUGUUAUUAAUAUAAUUACUAGUAUUAUAAUGAUUUUUUUGUUUUAUUUUUCACACACCUGUUUUUUUGUGCCCCUUCUGGCACUUAGUGCCCUUUGUACAGUGUGUCAUCUGCAUGGGUGGAGUGCCAGCAUUGGCAAAGGGGCGAUUGACGACUAUUGAAGCCCACUAUUAUUAUAUUGCCAUAACAAAGUUGAAUCAGUUGCAUCAAAAAAAAAAGAUCCAGUGUUAUAAAACUUGACACUUUUUCUCAUUCUGCCAUCUACUGUCCAGUUUAAUUGUCUACAAUUACUGUUUCAUUUUGAUUAUCUUUUAAUUAAAGCUUAUUCACACAAAUAAGCCGUUAUUACAACAAAUAUGUGCAAGUUUAAUCUUGUGAACAUAAAAAUAUAAAUAUACCAUUGACAAAGUCUCAACACUGCUUCAAUGCUCUGUAUCAAGCAUAACAUCCCAACCUAGGCAUAUAAUAUUUAAUAUGUAAUUUUUAUCUGUUACAGUGAUUUGAGUAUGGAUUGGAAUAGUUUGUUUUGCAGUGGAUUGAUAUUUUCCAAGGUGUGCAAUCAAGUCCAAAACAACAAGACUGAGAAACAGCUUCAUUCCAGAAGCUGUAAGACUCCUAAACUUUUUACAAGGACUAUUAUAUAUUAAAACAACACUGUCACUUUACUCGCGCUGAGACACUUUAUCUUGUUAUUGCUCUUUAUUUACACUAUCAUGCUGCUAUAGCAAAACUUGCACUUUGGACUUCAUGGUGCUGCUACUUGCCUACUCUCCCUGUUUUGUGUAUUUAUAUUUAUCUUAUUUGGGUGUACCACAUGGAAUGUGAAUGACAAUAAAGUCUCCUCGAAUUCUUGA